AUGUCAGCGUCAACUCUUCAUCGACAACCGCCACAGCCUCCCCCAAAGCCUAAGUCAUAUCAGUUACCAAACCAAAUGAAAUUAGGUGACAUCGCGCCCCAGGAUAGCGAUACUGACAGUGGAAUCUGUGCAGACUCUGACCAAUCAUCGCCACGUCAAGGAUCACAGUCCUCAAUUCCAAGCUCCUACUCCAGCCAGCCUCAAUACAUUUAUCGUCAUUUAACUGAUGAAAAUCGGGAUUAUCUGACACCAAAUAGUGCUAGAAGGCUGUUUCACGGAGCUUCCGAGCCCAGUAGACGAACUCUUCCCCCACGUCCAGGAACGGCUCAAUCACAGCAACGAUCGAGUAAAUCACAAUUUCGUGUUCGAUUUGCUGAUGAAGUAGACAGUGGAGCUUCGACGUCAAGCUCAGCUUCGUCGGAACAUUCUAAUUCUCCGAGAGCAGUUGACCGUUUAACAGCGGUUACCAAUUAUGCAACAACCUUCAAUAUUCCAAGCAAUAACUUCUCCAAAUAUGAACAAUCCUUAUCAGACCGUCGGUUCGAUUCUUUACCCCGAGCACUACCAACUCGUCGAAUGUCCGGACCAAACACAUUCACAAUAGAAGAUGUGGAAUCGCUUCCCGGUCCGCCAUCUUACAACAUUGCUCUUCAACGGCUAAGAUCUCUUGAACAUGCUCCUAGACGUGAAUCAAUUAGAGAUUCGGUUAUUCGUCAGAAUAUUGAAGACACCCUCUCAAGAACAAUGAGAAACCGCUCUUCCUCGUUACCGCGUGGAAACCAAACAUCCCAACGCUCACGCUAUGAACCGACUCCUGAUUUUCGUUUUCGCCCACAGAUGCUAGAUUAUCAAAUGAAUAGAUUAGGACCAAUGGACCAGAUGGUUGGAAGCUUGGAUAACUUACGUGUUAAUACUGAACAAGAUCAUACAAUGAACACUAUUCAUGACGAACUUAUGAAAAGACGUCGAAGAUUACCUGUUGCUCCUUUGAUGGGCUCUAACAUCAACAUUCCUGAUGCUAUAGAUGCUAAUCGUGAAGUUAUACGACAGCCAGCUUUCCUCAAACAGAGACGUUGCCGAGGACGUGUUGUUCCACCGCCCUUAACAAGACGAUCAGCUAGUGUUGGUCGAUACCCAGACUCUUUGGAUGAGUUCCGACCGACUCCACCUCCUACAGAACCAUCAGUUCGAGCCCAGCUUAUUGCUUUAGAUCAACGAGGUUUCCGUACGGUUCUUGUUGAAAAAACUCAACCAGGACCAUUUGGGUUUUAUAUAGCCACAGGUGUCAUGAACGGACAGAGAGGAAUAUUCAUCUCGCGUGUAUCAUUGCCAUCGUUAACCCCCAUGCUAUCCAUUGGUGAUGAAAUUUUGUAUGUUGAUGAUGAGUUGGUCAAAGGAAGAACACUUGAAUAUGUCCAAUCAUUAAUUGCUGGUAAAACAUCCGUUGUCAUCGUGCUUAUGCCAACUGUUGGUCCGGCUUUAUGUUAA